CUCUCAUCAACCUCUUCGAACUUACUACGAUAUCAUCAUGAAGUCCGCAAUCGCCGCUAUUCCUCUUCUCCUCGUGGGCUCUUCCAUGGCUGCUCCUCUUGAGAAGCGUGCCUGCCCCAACAUCCACAUCUUCGGUGCUCGCGAGACCACUGCCCCUGCUGGUUACGGAUCAGCCGGUACUGUCGUCAACCUCAUCCUAAACGCACACCCUGGCUCGACCGCCGAAGUCAUCAACUACCCCGCCGCUGGUGGCGAUAGCUAUGCCUCCUCUGUCCAAGCUGGUGUCAAGGCCGUCACCAACCAAAUCAACAGCUUUGCUGCUUCAUGCCCCAACACCCAGCUGGUCUACGUCGGAUACUCACAAGGUGCCCAGAUCGGUGAUGACGCUCUCUGCGGUGGCGGCGACCCCAACCAAGGCAUUUCCAGCACUGCUGCAACUAUUUCCAGCUCCGUCGGAAGCAAGAUCAAGGCCGUCAUCUUCAUGGGCGACCCAAGACAGAUCCCCGGUGCUUCCUACAGCGUCGGAACCUCCAAGAACCCUGGUUUCGACCCCAGACCUUCUGGUUUUACUUGCUCCGCAUAUGCGAGCAGAAUCCAGGCUUACUGCGAUGCUGCCGACCCAUACUGCUCUAACGGAAACAAUGCCGCCACUCACCAAGGCUAUGGUUCCGAGUACGGUCAAGCUGCUCUCAAGUUUGUCAACAGCAAGCUCACUUAA